AUGUGCUCCGUGAGAGGCUGGUGGCUGCUGGAGGUGACCCGGGACGCCUCUCCGUCGCUGUUUUCCGCUCCGGAUGUCGACUUUGAUCAUGGAUUCGCAGAGACAGGAGACAGCGGCGCGGGUGCAUUGUGGUCAGGGCGGUUCCGUCCCCCCGACGCAGCCCGCCCGAUGGGCUCCAAAGCUUUCCGGGAAUGUGGGACGGCCAGCGCUACCGCAGGCGGAAAGAAGCACCACGAGGCGGACAAUGGCAACGACCUCCUCACCGUCCGCGUCGCGCUUUCUCGGCGGUAUCCCACCGUAGAUGAACGCUGGCGGAAACUCGCUGGCCCCGCGUAUGUCCCGCUGCCGUCGGACGAGACGCUUCGUCAAGCAUUCGUCGCGCAGCUCUUGGAGGAGCCAAAAGAUGACGCCUGGCGCUGUUGUGCGUGCUGCUCCCCAGCGCCCGGGGGGGGGGAGGCGUGUCUCUCUCUCACUUCUCCGUCGACCGCCGCGUCGAGUUAUGGAGGCUGCUCGCCGCAGCGGCUGUCGUUCGCUGAGUCGGAUGGCAGGCGACGGGUGGAUUCCGGAUUUGCAGCCGGGUUUGCAGCAGGGAAGGCAGGCGAAGAGCGCCUUGUGGAGCAGAAUUCGUCCUUCUAUUACGACCUCUAUCAGGAGACACACUUCGAGGAGCUUACCUGGCCCUGCGGUCCGACCGCCAUGCUCGUCCUUCCCCCCUGCGCCUCCUCUGCAUUGCACAAUCGUCAUAUUGGCGCCAGGAUAGGCCCAGGCCAUGUCCCUUUCCAGCAGCGUGGCAGCGGGGCUGCGCCUGCGUGCCACAGUCCAACACGGCGUUGCCGCCAGGAGCCCUCCGACGACCCUAAUUUCGGCGCGGCGUGCGAGAGAGGGCCGGCUUUGCCGCCUGUUUGUGGGAGAUAUGGCGGAUUUCAAAGCAGGCCGCAGUUCUCCCUAUCGGGUGAAGACGGCGCGCGAGGCGUUUGUUCCCUCACCUACCCCUCUGCAGCCGAGUGUCUAGAAGGCCGUCCGUCUCCCUGCUCGCGCCCCGGUGCUUCGCCCUCGCCGCCGUCUGGCUCGAGUGCCUCUCUCCCGUUGAACAGUACGCUGUUUUCGCUGCUGUGGCCUGUCGUUUUCGUUCGCAAGGAGAUGGCUCUCUCACGGCUGCAAGCGGGCGCCUCCCUGCUUGCUGCCGGCGCCAAAAAGCAAGACGAGGGGGGGGGUCGCGGCAGCGCAGCACACGCCUCGGCCUUUAGCGAAGACGACGCGGCCCCCGUCGCGCUCCAGCGCCUAACUAGCGCCGGUGCCGCUCAGCCGACCGCGGCGGGCUCCGCCGGAAAAGGCAAAAAGGGCGGGAACCCUUCGGAAGGCAACUCUUCGCUAAGGUCCACUCUCGUUGAAGCGAAGCCGGGACGAGGAGAGAGGGUCCUCGUGGCUCUCGCAGCGCUCGCAGUUGAUGACGCGCUGGGAGUGGACUCUCUUCAUCCAGCGACCGCGCGUUGUUUCGAUUUGCCUCAGGUGACAGCUGCCUUCCACGUGUUGGACCAGUUGAUGGAUUUGUAUCUCUCCAUGUCGCCGGGGUCCCUGUCUCCUCCGUCUCUGCUCCCGGAUGCGGCGGUCGCUUCUCUCGCUGGCCGCUCUCUCGCGUCUCGCCUCUCCUCUUCGAGUCGUGCUUCGUCCUCCAUGAACUCUGCGCCCGCCCCUCUGUUAAAUGGGGUGGCGGCGCACAGGGAGACUCCGCGGGGGCCUGAGGCCCGCGGAGAGGCAGCGGGAGGGGGGGACAUGGACGCCGAGAGCGGGGGGCCGGCUUCGCUUCCCUUCUUGAUGGCCUUGCAGCUCGCGCUGCCGUUCGGGCGCCCCAAGCUGACCUGUCCUCGUCUGUUGAAGCACGCGUACGACAGUGUUGCCUCUCUGCCCGACGCCUACAGCUUCUUGCCGCCCUCCCACCUAGGCGGGGACAUGUCGACGCGAUCAGCUGAGGGGAGGACAGUCUUCAGAGAGAGUCUGGAAGGAGACAGGGCGGACUCGAGCAGCCAGCGGGCGUCGGAGGAUGAGGGGCGACAGCAGCGCCGGUCGGCGAGGCGCCGGAAUCGCGCCGAAGAGCGCCAGGAUCCUACGCUUCCCUCGUUUCUGCCGCCCCGGCCUCCGGGCCCAAGAGGGCCUUCGCAGUCGCUUGCGCAGCUGAGGGAGACGAAGGUUAAACAGUACCUGGGCUCGCUCUCCUCGGAGCUCUCCACCGUCUCCCCGUCGAGCGUGUCGGCCGCCUCGACGGAUCUUCGAGCGCUUCAGCUGCGUCGCUGGCGGAGCGAACUCGCUGCGAAGAAGUCGUCCUUUUCUUCGGCGGCUUCUCCUGGCCCCGGGGCGUCACCAGAUUUCUUCGAGGCCACACUAGGGAGCACAGUGUGUCUGGACUUUGAGGAUUCCGGGAGCUUUUCGACGAUGUCUGAGUUCUCCUUCUCCGACGUCUCGCCUCCAGUGGACGCGCCUCACUCGCGCACCCUCCACCGGCGCCUCUUUGACCACGCGCUGUGGAGGCGGCGGCCGAACGCCGCUUCGUCGCUCUCUGACCGCGCCGGAGCCCUGGGCGGUGUCUCCGGCUGCUCGACCGCCUGCACCUCGGCCUUCACGCCCUCGGGCGGCGGCGCCGUCUGGUCCGUCCCCGCCUGGCUGCCGCUGCUGUCUCCUUCCGGUUGGACCGACGGCUUCCCCGUGGAGGAGGGAAGCGAAGACGAAGGGGACAGCUUGCGGAGUUUGGAGGGGAGUGCCUCGCGGGGGGCGUCGCCACGGAGGGCCUCGCGGGGGUGGUGGUGGCCUGCGGGGUCUACGAAGAAGGAACGGGUGCGCGGGUCGCAAACGCCCGACGCUCUCGGCGGCGAGACGCGGCGCAGAGGAGGCCGCUCUUGCCGGAGUUCGUCCUCCGAAGGCAGAGGCAGCCGCGACAAACCGAGAGGCCGCCUGGCGCAUUCGACGCGAAGCGCCUCGUUGCGCUUCGGAGAAGGAGGGAGCCGAGCGCGCGGAAGCUCCUGGGGCGACGGGCGCGGGCGCGGAGACAGUCGGGGACAGGAGGACAGUGGGGCUAUGACCGAUGUCGAGAGGCGGUCGCGCGGCCGCUUGAAAGAGAGGCUCCGGCGAAGGGACGGGGACGGAAGUCGGUCUCUCUCGAGACCCCAUCGCGUGGGUGAGGCUUUCCGAUCCAGGCACCGCGUGCUGUCUGCAAACCCGAAAAACGCCGCGUCGCGAUUCUCCCUGCUGUCGGCCUUCGGGCGCGUCACAGGCCUGAUGAGCGGCGGCGACGGAGACGGCGACGGUCGCGCGCCCGGGUGGAAAUGGCUCACGCGGACCAGUUGGAUCCGCUUCGCCCUCGUUGAAAAAAUCCACUGCACCAUGCACGAGCCGAGAGCUGGAGUCGAAGGACCGGAGGCGACGGCACCGGAUGAAUGCUCCAUCGUGGGAGAUUUGCACGUCACAGCAUGCCUUCGGAAAAUGAUGGAGGUUUCAGUGCCCGUGACAUUUUCUAGAACUGCCUCACUGCCUGAUGUAUACGUUCACCCCACUGCGAGGCUCAGCAACAGCCCCGUGGACCUGCUCAAUUGCGCGUCGUCUGGCGGAGGAUCUGAGAAGAAGGCGAGGCCAGGGGGCGACAGAGAAAGCGUCUCGGCCUCUCUGAUGGGGCAGCAAGCCUCACAAGCUUCCCUGCCUCCGCUUCUCGUCAGCUGCGUCCCGCCGCUCGGCCUUCAGUCUUAUCUCCUCUGCGAGUACCGCUUCGGCUGCCUGCCGUUCUACCCGCUCAAAGCUCUCUACCAGGUGAAGGAGAUUCAGCCCUGCGUCCUCCGCCUCCUCCUGCAGCUUCAAUUCCACCCUGCUCUCCUGGGCAGACUGAGCAGCUGCGCACUGUGGCUCCCAUUCGGGCACAAGGGCCUCAUCGAGUAUCACGAUCUGAAGGCCUCGCAGGGGGCUUUCCGCAUUUCGGCCGAUAAACGCGCUGUUCUGUGGACGCUGCCAAAACACAUCAAACGGAGCGGGCUGGUGGGGGCUGCCAGCAGCGCGACCAAAGAAAGCGGCGUUUCCACGCUUGCAGGGUCGGAUUCUCCGACGCCGCCAGGUGGAGGAAGUCCCCAAGUGUCUCUCCUCGGCGAGCUCGUCCUCGCGCCGCUCCCGGGUGGCGCCGCGUCUGGAGCUGCAGAUCCGCUCUCGGGCCCCAGCGGCGCCGGCGCGGCGGGCCUGUCCCCCCGCCGGCAGCGGCGGUCGCGGCAGCGCGCGCCUGCUGGCGAUCCUUCGCAGACGGGGGGGGAAGAUCACUUCUCGGGUCUCUCCUGUCUCGCGCGCGUGUCGGGUGGGAAUGCUUUUCCCUCCGCCGAGUCUGACGCGCCGACGUCGUCGUCGUUCGCGGUGGGGGCCCUCGGAGCCGGUGAAACGCCAGCGAGUUGGCUUUCAGACGCAAACGGCAGUUUGCCGAGGCAGGCGCAGACUCUGAGAGAGCGCCUGUUCGCCGCGGCAGGGGACGAGGAGCGCUUGCCUUUGUCAGUUCGGCGCUUCUUGGCAGACGAGGCGGAGCGCGUAGAAGACGAAGAAGCCUGCCGUCUAGAGCAGCGUCGGGAAGGAGAGUUCUCUGCUAGUUCUGUCUCAACGCAGCUGGCAGCGCCGGGGCCACGAGGCAGCGAACGCGCGGGUGUGGGGACGGCAGCAGGCGACUGGCGGGAGAACGCGUGCGGCUUGUCUCACGCGCAUGCAUCGCGGCAGACGCAGGGCGGCUCAGGCGACAGCGAGCCCCCGCGUGGGUCUCGUCAUCACGGCUCGCUCCCUGUGCCUUCAGAGCAGCAGCCCCGGGCAGGCCAGCGGCCGCACGUUUGGGGUAGCGCCGCGAAGCCAGGCUGGAGCGAAGGCGGGCAGCGGGCGACUCCGUCUGAUCUCGUGGAAGGAGUCUCUCCCGCGCUGCAAGCUCGGAGCAGACCGGAUGGGGCCGCAGGAGGCCGCGGCGCACCCAGCUCGGGGAAGGCCGAUGCGCCUCCGAUCGCUCAGGGCCUGGCCCCGCCAGGCCCUUCUCUCGCGCCGUCUGUCGUGAGUGGCAGUCCCCGCCGGCCUCACUCGGCAGCUGUGGGCCCCGCUUCGGGCGCCAGGGACGGGCCGAGCUCCUGCCGCGACCCCGCCCCAGCUAAGCAGUCGGGCGUCGGAGACCCGCGGGGAUGCGGCGGCGGAAGCGCUGCAGCUGCCGUAGUUCACGACUGCGAGAGACCGGAGAGUUCGGCCUGCGCAGAAACGGCGACGGGGACGGGUCGGAUGUAUGGGGGGACGCAAACGAAGCCUGGAGCGAGUGCCGCGCGGUCGGCUGCGCCUGCGAGGCGAGGGCGGGGCGUGGGUGCCGGGCUCCUAACGGAUCGAGAAGAGCUGAUUCUCAGAAAAGGAGUGAAUAACUUUUUGGCUUUGAUUCAGUUUGAAGCGAAAGGAAUCACCCUGUCGGGGUCGGACAUCGACAAAGAGGCAGUAACCAUGUAUCCUCAUGAGCACCUGGAGGUCGUGCCGCCGCUGCAACGUCGGCUCGGCGGCGGAGACAAGCCCGGCGGAAGUAAAGUGCCUUCCUUUUCAGCAGCUGCCUGCUCCGGCCUCUCCGGCAAAAACGACAAGUGGGAAAGUUUCAAAGGAGUUCCAGGGUGGGCAUUCGGCGCGGGCGGAGGGAAAGAUGAAGACGCGGGAUGCUCCAUCUCCGUUCUGAAGCGAACGGUUGCUGGAAGAUACAUCGUUUGGAACGCGCUUGGAGACAACCGGGCAUCCAAAGUGCAUCUUUCUUUCGGUGGAGACACAGACGAGGAGGAGAACGGGCGGUCGUGUGGCUCCACGCACGCGAGUGGCGCCUCGGCCGACCCCGUCGCACGCAGUAUCUCAGCGGCAAGCGCUGUCUCUUCCAGAGCUCCCGCGGCGGGUGCCCUUAGGCUGGCCUCGACAGUUAAAGACACGUCCGCCGCCACUCGCGAUGGGAACGACGCAGGACAAGCAGCUUCGGAUUCCGCUUGUGUUUUUGAGGGCCCCACAGACCCCGCCGCCGACAGCCGGUCUCCUGAAGAACUACGGGCCGUGGCUUCGAAGCUGCCCGUAGACGCAGCAAGAGAUCUCGCGUACUGUGAGGGCGGGGCACCUCGUCAGGGCGGGGAGACAGACUGUCAUCUGCCGCUCGCUUCCGCUGCUCUGGACGGCGUGUAG